GUGGAUCCAUCGAAUGGGAAGCCGCAAAAACAAGGAAUGGAUUGUCCCAGAAGUCGAGUUGCUGCUGGUGCACAGUCCGAAAAAGAAAGAGGAUGUGUAUCAGCUGUUGGCAUCGGAGAGUUCUGGUGGCGCCUUGGGGCGCUGGAUGCAGCGGCCAGCAGAAGCCACAUGUGUACUGAAUGGCUUGGCCAAACUGAGGUGUGCCGAGCUUGCCCUUCAAGUCUUGAAUGUCAUGCAGCUUGCCAGUGUGGAAGCCAACGUUUUCCAUUAUUCAACAGCUGCAUCUGCGUGCGAAAAGUCUGGACAGUGGACUCGGGUCCUGCAACUUCUUGCAGAGAUGCCAUCCGCAACUAUCCAGCCAAAUGUAUACACGUUUGGCUCCGCGAUCAGCUGCUGCGAAAAGGCUUGUCGCUGGCAGGAGGCUAUGGCACUGCUGUGCGCUGCAGCUCCAGAGGUCAAUGCAUUCGCGUUCAGUGGUGCCAUCAGUGCAUGCAAAAAAGGAAGCCAAUGGCACAGAGCCCUUGGCCUUUUGGAGGUGAUGGAAGCUUUGAAGGUGGAGGCGGAUGUCAUUUGCAUCAGCGGUGCCAUCAGCUCAUGCGAGAAAUGUGCCAAAUGGCAAUCAGCUCUCUACCUGCUGCAGUCAAUGGAGGAGGCAUCAAUGAAGCCUAAUCUGGUGGCGCAAAAUGCAGCUCUGAGUGCUUGUGAGAAAGCCAAACGAUGGCAGAAUGCUUUAGCUUUGCUGGAGCAGCUACCAAAAAAACGCUUGACGGCCGAUGAUGUUAGCUACAAUGCUACUAUCAGCGCAUGUGCGAAUUCUAGUCAUUGGCAGCUCGCUUUGGGACUGCUGCAAGAGAUGGAGAAAAGGAUUACCCCAGAUGCAGUGAGCUACAGUGGUGUCAUUUUGGCGUGCGAGAGAGGGAGCCGGUGGCACCUUGCUUUCCAACUCUGUGAUCGCAUGGCUCUGAUGCGUGUCCCCAUGGAUGUGAUCAGCUGCAGCAGCUUGAUGAGUGCGUGCGAACAAGGUGGCGAAUGGCGCUCAACAUUAGCAUUGCUCAGGAAGAUGCCCAGCAUCACCCUCACACCGAACCAUGUUACCUUCAGCAGUGCAAUCAGUGCCUGUGACACAGGACGUCGGUGGCAGACUGCCUUGGGCCUUUUCUACAUGAUGCCCGAGAAGCAGCCAGAUCAAUUUUGCUGCAAUGCAGCGAUUUUAGCUUCUGAAAAGGCCGGUCAAUGGGGAGAAGCAAUGCAAAUAUUUCACUCGAUGUCCUCCCGUAUAGUCGAGCCAGAUUUCAUCAGUUGCGCCGCAGCAAUGCUGGCAGCUGACAAUGGCUGCAAAUGGGCAGAUUUUGCAGCAUAUUGCAAUACAGAGUCCUUCCUGCUUGUGAACUUCUUCCGCUCUGGAUGCUGAUGAGCCACCAGAGCUUGCAAUCGUCAAUGGCAAUGUUCCACUGGAUUUGGCUUCAAACAGCUUUUGUUGGAGUCAAAAGUGGUGAAUCAUGGUGGCUGCCGGGGAAUGUCUCAUGAGCGACGGAGUCCGAUGUCAUGAAAAUGUGCUCCCUGUGGGAGCAGGACCUUUGCAUAACUGCUUUCUCGAAGGUACGUCGUGUGCUGAUUCGAUGCAAAGAUUGGAACAAACCAGAAAGCAUAUGAAAGCAUACGUUUCGUACUUUUCACCCAAGACAGUCGAACCUGAGACCCGAAAGCCAACUUGGACUUAGUAUCUAUUUUACUUUAUUUUUUGAAUAUAUAAUGAUAAUAAUAAUAACAUAUAUAUAUACACAUGCCGUUAUUGACAUUGAGGUGCAGGCACACGUGUUGCAUGUCGUGCAGACUGAGACGGUGAAGCUCGACGAAGAAGUCUCAAGUCUGAAACUCCGGAUCCGAUUGAAGCAGAAUCGCCCGAGAAUGUAAU